AUGAUGACACCAUUUGGUGGGAUGCUAUCGUACUCUAUGGGUGGUACGGCUGGACCUUUCCAGUCCGGCUCUACAGUGACGCUCAUGUGCACUAGUGGAUCUGUCACAGGCACAUCGUCGGCGACCUGUACGAAUGGUCAGUGGAGCCCACCAACACUGGGCACCUGCUCCACUACGGGUGCAGGAACGGGAGGUAUUGGUAACGGCCAAACCUGCUUCCCAAUGUUCCCACCAUUCGGAGCAACCCUUUCAUAUUCCAGUGGUGGGAUGAGUGGGCCAUAUCAGUCCGGUACAACUGUGACUCUUAUGUGCACUUCCGGAUUUCCUACAGGCUCUUCCACAGCUACCUGUUUUAAUGGUCAGUGGAGUCCCGCCACGCUUGGCACGUGCUCAUCGACUGGUACUGGGGGUCUGCCAGGCACCGGUUCUGGCCUCACAUGUCCUGCAAUGAUGACUCCAUUUGGUGGAACGCUCUCAUACUCCAUGGGUGGUACAACUGGACCAUUUCAAUCCGGCACAACUGUGACCCUAAUGUGCACUUCUGGAUUCCCCACA